AUGUCCCGAAAUUUGAAGAGUCCGUUAUUUAGGAAUGUGGCUAAGUCACUUGACCUUCCUAUGGUCAAGAGUGACACAUUUGUCCCCGCCUUUUCUGUGAAGAAGUCGCGCGAAUUUCUCGAAGAGAGUUUUAGUCUAGAUGAGAUCAACGAGUUGGUAGAAAUUGCAAAGUCACCAAGGAAGCCCAAGAUGUUACUCGACGAGUAUGAAGUGAAGAUGUUAGAAGGUCGCCGGUCAAGGAAAACUGAUGAGAAAUUAGUCGACGAGCUUGAUAUGGUUCAGUCGAAACAGUUCUCAGAAGCGAAUGGCAAAGAAUCGCCUUUAAGUCAAGCCCGCGAACGUCUUUCCCUUACUAAGAAGAACAAUUCUUUGAUAGCCAAAAAGAAGAGAGAGUCCGGUCCAAAGAAGAACACAACGCCGACUAAAAAAAACAUGAAAACAACUAUAUAA